GACCUCGGCGCGAGGCCCAGCGCGGGACUUCUGGGAGAGGAAAAUGACAGCACGGGGCUUGCGACUACCCACCGGCAAGCUAUUGAAGCGGCCGGCGGCGCUGGGGCGCGUGAACCGAGCUUGCAGCACGUUCCAAACCUUCGCGGAAGUUCUCAGGCUGCCCACGAGACGAAUGACGAAGCUCGCGUUCCCACUACAGGAACUCCAGCGGCAGCUCACACCAGACUCGAGGUUGGACCUUCACGUGAAGACCUUCGACCCGAGUCUGGAGGACAUCUCCAAGGCGGAGAGCAUCUUCACGGCCACGGGCCGCAACCGCAUCGAGUACCUCAGCUCCGCGGUGCGUCUCGACCACGCCCCGGACCUCCCCCACCCUGAGGUGUGUUUUAUAGGCAGAAGCAAUGUUGGAAAAUCCUCUCUAAUAAAAGCCUUAUUUUCACUGGCCCCAGAGGUUGAAGUCAGAGUCUCCAAGAAACCGGGGCACACAAAGAAAAUGAAUUUUUUCAAAGUUGGAAAAUAUUUUACAUUGGUGGACAUGCCAGGUUAUGGCUAUAGAGCUCCCGAAGAUUUUGUUGACAUGGUAGAGACCUAUCUAAAAGAACGAAGGAAUUUGAUGAGAACAUUUUUGUUAGUGGAUAGUGUUGUCGGAAUUCAAAAAACCGACAGUAUUGCCAUAGGAAUGUGUGAAGAAUUUGCAUUACCUUAUGUGAUGGUAUUAACAAAAAUUGACAAAUCUUCCAGGGGACAUCUUUUAAAACAAGUGCUUCAGAUCCAGAAAUUUGUUGACACUGAAACACAAGGAUGUUUUCCUCAGUUGUUUCCUAUAAGGCUCCUGCUGGAUCUUCCCUGCAGCCUAGCUCAAUCAGAGAUCUCAGCAGAAGUGAAAACUUUUACUUUUUAAAAUCAGCUAAAUAACAGCCACAAUAAAGAUACUACCAUGCUUUUCUCAAUUUCAAAGAAAAACAAAUUAUCUCUAUAGUAGAAAGCCAUGCAGGCUGUGAGGGAUAAAAAUUUUUCUUUAAAGAGACCAAAUAU